CAACGGCAACCCAAGGCCCCAACCAUCCCCAACCUAAAGUCCUAAAGUCUCAGCUCACUCUCUCAUCACAGAUUCACUCACUCUCACCUCUCUACCUCACUCACCGCAGUUCCGAACGUUCACCGCCGAACACAACGGCAGCCAACGGAGGACGUCACUCGUCACUCCCCUCGCUUGCUCCUCUGCGUCGUCUCGGCGCCGCCGGUGUCUGCUCGCCUCUGCCUUCUUCGUCUUUGUUGUCCUGGCCGCCUUGGCUCCGCCAUUCCUCGCCUGCCUCCGCCUCGUGCCUCUUCUGCCUCUGCUUCCUCCGUCGUCAUCGUGUUGGCUCCUCUGCUGGCUCUGCUCUGCUCUGCUCCUCUUCGAAGCUCUGCUCUCUCUCUCGCCGGUGGCCUGCUCUGCAACUGGGCAACACUGCAGCGGCCUCAAGUUGGAAAACCGUCCCUGAUUCUGUUUCUGACUUUCUGCUUCUGCACUGUAGUGUAGUCUAAACUUGGCAGUGUGAACAGUUUCAUCCACACUCCAGAAACUUGAAGAUGAGAUCGAAUGAGAGCCCUUUGACGGAGAUAUACAUACCAGGAGAAUGGUCGGAUGCGGUGGAGUUUAUCGUGUCAAAGUGGAGCCCUCCUCCUAUUGUUUUGAUUUGCGGUGCCAAGAAUUGUGGGAAGACAACAUUUUCCCGCCAUCUCAUGAAUGUGAUGUUGCAGAAUGGCAUGUGUUCCUACGCCAAGGUUGCUUACCUUGACACCGAUGUCGGCCAGCCUGAGUUCACUCCUCCUGGUUUUCUCUCUCUCACCAUUGUUGACAAAGUCACUUCAGAUUUGACAACUCCAUGCCUGAAAACACCGGAGAGGUGCCUUUAUUUUGGUGAUGUGUCUUCUAAAAGAGAUCCAUCAACAUACUUAAAUUAUGUAUUUUCCAUAUUUGAUUACUACCGGAGGGAGUAUUACAUGUUUGAUGAAGAAGACAAUUCUCCUGGGACUCUGGUGCCUCUUAUCGUGAACACUCCUGGCUGGGUGAAAGGCAUUGGUUAUGACAUAUUGGUGGAUAUGCUGAAACAUAUUUGCCCCACACAAGUUGUUAAGAUAGGCAUAUCCUCCACAAAUAAGAAUUUGCCUGCUGGAGAAUUCUGGUUAGAUAGGGAACAUGAUGGAACAAUUGACUUAAUCGAGAUAAAGUCAGCUCGGCAAGACUCAUUCAAUAGAUCGGUGCUUGUUCAAAAGGAUGCACAUCUCUUGCGUGAUUUACGAAUAAUGGCUUAUUUUAGACAGUGCUUCCCUGGUGAUUCAGAUAUUUCUACUAUCAAAGAACUUGCAAAUUCCUUGGCCUCUCACUGCCCUUAUGAAGUUCCCAUUGCAAGCAUAAAGAUUCGACAUCUUCAUUGUGAGGUCCGAAGCUCUGAAAUAUUCUACAGUUUGAAUGCUAGUAUUGUUGGCUUAGCAGUUGAUUCUGAAGAACCUGAAGGUUUACCUUGGUGUCUUGGUCUUGGGAUUGUGAGGGGAAUUGACACAGUCAGAGGUGUGCUCUAUGUGAUUACACCUGUGCCGCAUAGUUCUCUAGAAAGGGUCAACCUCCUCCUACAGGGUUAUAUACAAAUUCCUACCUGUUUAUUGCAAGUUUAUGGAUGCAUAUCACCUUACAUGACAGCGAAUGCUUUGACCACAAGCUAGUUAAUAGUUAUCGUCUUGAGUUGGUAAAGACGACCAUUGCAGUAACAUAGCAGUACUAGGCUUCUUGGUUACUGUAGAUGCUUCCUUUUCCAUGGAGCAAUCUCCCAGGAUAAUAAUUAUGUGUUCGAUUGAGAGUUUGUUUCCUAGGUGGAAAAAUAUAACAACUUUGGGAAUUGGGAUGCUAAUUCGUUUCUGUGAAAUAUAGUAAUAGAAAAUUGGAUUGGCUUACUAGUGUUCUGAAUUCCGUGUAGCAAUAAUUGUCUUGCAUAAAGCUUGCAAGCUAUCAUUUACUUUACCAAUGAUAAGAACCGGAAACUUUAGUAGCUAAA